AUGAAGCCGUCUAUUUUAUUUUGCUUCGUCGGACUUGGUGCUGCUUUAUAUGUUGUUCCACCUCGCCCGACGAAAAAGUUCGAGCUCAACUUAACUUGGGACACUAAGGCACCCGAUGGAGUUGAGCGUCAACAAGCCUUGAUUAAUGGCCAGUUCCCUGGGCCCUCGCUCAUCUUUGACGAGGGUGACAAUGUGGAGGUGACAGUGAACAAUUUCCUGCCAUUUAACACCACGAUGCAUUGGCAUGGCAUUGAGCAACAAGGAACAUCAUGGUCAGAUGGCGUGCCAGGAGUCUCGCAGAGGCUUAUUGCCCCUGGCGGAAGAUUCGUUUCCAAAUUCACUGCUACGCAAUACGGAACAUACUGGUAUCAUUCGCAUUGCGCGGGCCAAAUAAUGGAUGGCCUGUAUGGGCCGAUUUAUAUCAGACCACGAGACAUUGCCGCAAACCUGGCUAGUAUGGUAUCAAAUGACACACGGGCACAUUUUGAAAUCAACAAUGCCAUCCGCGACCCCAAAUUGCUGAUGAUUUCCGAUUGGUUUCACAAUACAUCGGAAGAGCUCCGGGAUAUUGCAGUUUCUGCAAACCUUGAUACAUUAUGUGUGGAUUCUAUCUUGAUCAAUGGCAAAGGUAGAGUGCGCUGCGUCGACUCUGCCUAUUUGACAUCGUUGACUCCUGCCCCAUUGGUCCCCCUGCUCCAGGGCAUGAACUACACAGCAAAAGGAUGUCUUCCAGUUGGAAAUACCUAUGCUCAAACAACUUUUUCUCAGCAUAACUACACCGCAAUCCCACCAUCCAUGUUUGAUCAAUGUAGUCCCACAGAAUCUAUGGAUGAAGUGAUCAAAGUUGAUCAUCGGAAAGGCUGGAUAAGCCUCAAUCUCAUCGGUUCGGCAUCGAUCUCCAUCCCAACAGUCUCUAUCAACAACCAUUCUCUUUGGGUAUAUGAGAUCGAUGGUCGAUAUAUUAUACCCACGAAGGUUGAUGCACUGACACUCAGUAACGGCGGUCGCUACUCCGUUCUAGUUCAGUUGAAUAACACUCCAGGCAACUACCUGAUUACAGCAGCUAAUGCAGGACUCAAUCAGAAGGUUGCCGGAUACGGCACUCUCUCCUAUGUCACCGGUGACCCCUCCGUCGUGGGCAAACCCUCAAUCAACUAUGGCGGAAACAGCAUGAGUACAGAUGUUGUUGUCUUUGACGAAAAUAAGAUUAAGCCACUUUUCCCAAGUCGACCUAGCGAAGAAGCGGAUCAAACAUACCUGCUCACUAUUGGCCGCAUUGAAAAAGCUUGGAAAUGGUCCCUCAAUGGGGACCAUUCGUAUGGUCUCUCUCUGGAGUCAGAGAAGCCGAUGCUAUGGGACCCUCAGUCAUACGAAGACAGUGACCUGGUUAUAGCUACGAAAAACGAUACCUGGGUAGACAUCGUUUUUGCGGCAUUUGGCAACGCAUCGACUCUCCAACCUGGUCAUCCGAUUCACAAGCACUCAAACAUAGUUUAUAUUCUCGGUGCCGGCAUGGGCGAGUUCAAGUGGACUUCUGUCGCAGAGGCUCAACAGGAAAUCCCAGAGAUGUUUAACCUGGUUGACCCUCCAAUGAGAGAUACCUUCACAACACUUCCCGCCUUGCUAGGUCCAAGCUGGUUGGCAGUUCGCUAUCAUGUGCAAAAUCCCGGGGCCUUCUUCCUCCACUGUCACAUCGAUCCGCACCUCACUGGAGGGAUGGCACUUGCAAUUUUAGACGGCGUAGAUGUGUGGCCUAGCAUUCCUACACAGUAUGGCCCAGAAGGUCAUUGGGGGAAAGCCACCUGA